AUGAGUCUUGAUCCUGCAGAACCACCUAUUCCUGAAGAUCCAGAAGAGGAGAUUAUUCCCUAUGUUGGUCCACCUAAACUAUUGCCAGUUGUAAUCAAAACAGGAGAAGAGGAUUUCGAAUAACUAGUUGCCUUCAAGUGUAAGCUUUAUCGUUUUAGAAACGAGGAAUGGAAAUAAAGGGGUUAAGGUAUCUUGAAAUUCUUACAGCACAAAGAAACUAAGAAGUGUAGAUUACUUAUGAGACAGGAUGCCACCUAUUUCAUUAGAGCUGAUCAUAUAAUUUCUGAGGCUAUUGUUAAAAGUUUGUUUCAUCAAUUUGGAUACGAAUGGAUUGGGUAGGAUCAUAGCGAUGGGGAAGCCAAGUUGGAAUAAUUUUGUGUUAAAUUAGAAAACGAGGAAGAUUUUGAUAAUUUCUAUCAAUAAUAUGAAGAAUGUCGUAUUUUAAACAAAGAUGAAGAUUGA